AUGGCUAAAAGGAGACUUCGUAGCAUCAAGAACAAGUUCCAGUCAGAUCCAAAGUUUAAGGAGGACUACACCAUGUUCAUGCAAAACCUCCUGGAGAAGGGGUAUGCCGAGCCUACACCGACGGAUUGUGAAAGCAGGAAAGUUUGGUACAUUCCCCAUCAUGGAAUAUACCACAAGAAAAAGAACAAGAUGACAGUGGUGUUCGAUUGUUCAGCAAGGUAUCAGGGAAUCUCCUUGAACGACAACCUACUUCAUGGACCGGAUCUCACUAACGAACUCCUUGGCGUACUGAUACGAUUUCGUGGGGAACAAAUCGCAGUGCUUGGAGAUAUCGAAACCAUGUUUUACCAAGUUAAAGUUCCAGAGGCCGAAAGAGACUACUUGAGGUUCUAUUGGUGGGAAAAUGGUAAUACUGAAAACGAACCUAAGAUCUUUCGGAUGACAGUCCAUCUGUUUGGAGCCACAUCAUCUCCUAGUGUAUGUAACUAUGCUCUUCAGCGUACUGUGGAAGAUAGUGAAGAACAGUUUGAACUGGAAGUUCAGGACAUGGUGAAGAAAAAUGCUUAUUUCGACGACUGUCUUGCAUCCGUUGCUACAGAGAACAAAGCUAUUAGCCUUGUACACAACGUGACACAAAUGUGCAAGUCAGGAGGAUUUAGAAUUACUAAGUGGAUGAGCAACAGUCGCAAUGUUGUUGAGUCAAUACCAGAAGAUUAUCGAGCGAAGGAAGCUAAGUCAUGGAGCUUGGAUAGUCGACCACCAAUUGAGAGAGCUCUUGGAGUAUACUGGUUAAUAGAGAAUGAUUCGUUGGGAUUCAAAAUUCAAGUACAGAACAAACCAACCACCAGACGAGCCAAGUCGGUGUUGCAAAGACUUUGCAAGGAUGGGAAAGGAUGGGAUGAGGAAAUAACGGGAAAGGAUCUUAAGGACUGGCAUGACUGGUUAAGUCAGCUUCCAGAGCUUGAGAACAUAACCAUAGACCGAUGCUACAAGAAGAGUAACUUAGGCAAUGUCUGUUCUUGUCAACUUUACGGAUUCGCCGACGCAAGUGAUGUGGGAUAUGGUAUGGUGAUUUACCUACGACUCACCAACGACUCUGGUCAAAUUAUUUGUUCGUUUGUACUAGGAAAGGCCAGAGUCGCUCCCGUUAAGACCGUGACUGUACCUAGGAUGGAGCUUACUCCGUCAGCGUCACUUGUGAGAUUGUGCAAGAUGGUCACCGAACAGUUGAACUACAACAUAGAUGAGACCUUCUACUGGACUGACAGUACUUAG